GAUCUUCAUAUCGAUAAAGUUUUGGCAAUGACUGAUAGGCGGUCACGUACACGAAGUAGGAGUCGUCAUCGUAGUAGAAGUCGUCAUCGUAGUGAAAGUCGGUACCGUGAUGACCGUAGAUCUAAAAACGUUGACCUUAAAAAAGAAAUGCGGAAAUUUUUUGAACGUUUAAGUGCUUUAGAAAGACAAUCACCCUCAUCGCAAUCAGUGUCGCUGCCAGCCAUAGGUCAUCGGGACUCCGGGGGCACGCCGCCGGGCAUGCCACCGCGGAGACGCAGCCGGUCUAUGGCACACGCGCCUGACCACGUGGCGGUCAGCGCCAGUCCACGGGCGCAGUCUGCGAGCAGUGCAGUGGCUUCGGAGCAAGCUACAACUGAAGCAUUGGUGAACGCGAUACGAUCCAUCAAUAACGCGAUGCAGACAAUGUUGAACCGGAGUCUGUCGCCGCGGGUCCAAUGCCUCCCGGGUCAACGACAUUGGAUGGUGGACUCGUUACACCCAUGCCGACCGAAAAGGAUACUUCCGGUUCCGCUACGACAGGUCAAGAUUCAUCUACCAUGGGAGAUUAAGGAAAAGAGACCGAGGCGGUCUCGUGUCAGGAAAGGCCGUAUUAGAGAGAAGCCUUACCAGGUGGCGCUAAUUUUUUCAAGACCAGCUUUGAGCAAAGUUGUUUCGCGCUAAACCAAUAGGUGGCGCUCAAUUACCUACUGAUUUGCUGCAACUUCAGCCCGCAACAACUUCACGCAAAUAAAUGGCGCCAUAUUGUCAUCCUCUGGUUUGGCCCACUUUUGGCUCGACACUGGUGCGGUGCGGUUGUCCCGAAAUUCGCGAUCAUUUUUGUCCACGCUUUAUUUAGUUUGAAUUUAAUUUUGAUUUGUUCGUUUUCAUCAAUAAAUUGAAAUUACUUUUGUA